AUGCGCAUCGGUGCGGUGAUGCCAGGCCAAUCUCCGCCCCGGCUGGCGCAUAAUCUAGAUGAGGUCGCUGACUUCGGAAAGCUGCCUAGGAGGAUUGGUGGCGCCACCGGUGUGGAGGAUGGUGGGGUUGACGGCGUGGCUAAGUUGUGCCUAGGCGGAGAAAUACCGCUCAGAGGGAAGAGAUAUUGCUGCUAUGCGGCCGGUAACAUGGAGAGUCCCGUGUGA